GUGUGUAACACGAAUCGAAAUCAAGGACCCGAAUCCGACUGAGAACCAUGGGUGUUGAUCUGACCGGUGUGUCCAAGAAGAAGCGUGUGGUCCGCCACCACACCUACUCGACGAACCCUUACAUCAAGCUUCUCAUCAAGCUCUACAAGUUCUUGGCCAAGCGCACCAACUCCGGUUUCAACAAGCUCGUCUACCAGCGUCUUUUGAAGAGCCGCAGUAACCGCGCGCCGGUCUCGCUUAGCCGCAUCGCGGUCGUCAUGAAGCGCAAGUCCAGCUUCCUUGAGAAGAGCAAGAAGGCGCCGAUCGCCGUCGUCGUGGGCGAUAUUCUCGAUGAUGUCCGCAUGGCGCGCAUCCCGGCCCUCCGUGUGUGUGCGCUGCGCUUCUCGAAGAACGCGCGGCAAAGCAUCACGGCCGCUGGUGGCGAGUGCUUGACCUUCGACCAACUGGCUAUGAUCGCACCCACGGGGAAGAAUACGUUCUUGUUGCGCGGCCGUAAGUCCGGACGUGAGUCGGUCCGCCACUUCGGUGCCGCCGGUGUGCCUGGCAGCCACGCCAAGCCGCAUUGCUCGAAUCGUGGUAAGGAGACGAAGCGCGGCCGCCGUCCGGGCUGCUCCUACAAGCGCAAGUCCUUCCGUCAUGUCUAAAGGAUAUGGUGGAGAUGAGACGCGAUUUCAUGGAGAAAACCGAAGCUUUGUUUCACACAUACACAAACUCAUCGAUUUUAUUUUUUGGGUGCAUAAAGUAUCCCUCUUAACUAAAUAUAAAUAGCGGUGUGUGGGCCUGGAAUAUGCCACCUG